AACUGACUGUAGAGAAAAUUGUUCCCAAUAUUCUGCACUAAAAAAAAUAUUUUUCUUUUCUCAGUACUUGUGUGAAGCUGCUGUAAGAAUCUGGAGAAAUGGCUGUUACUACCGGAACUUUCCGCAUGGUGUCGGAAGAGGAGCAGGCCCUGCGGUCAAAACUCGAGCACCUGACCGUGAAGGACCACGGGCCCGUGUUCGGACCCUGUGCCAAACUGCCGGACCACACCGCUCAGAAGGCGAAGGACGAGCUGAACGAGACUGAAGAGAAGAAGGUGUCCGCAGUGAAGGAGCUGCGGGGGAUAAUGAAAGAAAAGGCCGAUGGAGGGGAUGACCUGGCCAAGGGUGUGCAGGAAAAGUUUGGGGACAAACCCGAUAGCCUGCUGCUGAGGUUUGUCCGUGCCCGCAAAUAUGACGUGGCCCGAGCCUUCGAGCUCAUGAAGGGUUAUGUGCGUUUCCGGCAGCAGUACCCCGAGCUGUUUGAGAACCUGACCCCAGAGGCUGUGCGUAGUACCAUCGAGGCAGGGUACCCCGGGAUCCUGCCCAGUCGUGACAAAUAUGGACGUGUGGUGCUGCUCUUCAACAUCGAGAACUGGGAUUACGAGGAGAUCACCUUCGAUGAGAUCCUGCGUGCUUAUUGUGUGAUCUUGGAGAAUCUUCUGGAGAAUGAGGAGACCCAGAUUAAUGGCUUCUGCAUCAUUGAGAACUUCAAGGGCUUCACCAUGCAGCAGGCCUCUGGAAUCAAACCCACUGAACUCAAGAAGAUGGUGGACAUGCUGCAGGACUCUUUCCCAGCCCGGUUUAAGGCUGUGCACUUCAUCCACCAGCCAUGGUACUUCACCACCACUUACAAUGUGGUCAAACCCCUCAUGAAGGGCAAGCUGCUGGAAAGGGUCUUCGUUCACGGUGAUGAGCUGGACAACUACUACAAGGAGUUUGAUGCGGACAUCCUGCCUGCAGAGUUUGAUGGGAAGGCACCCCCCUACGAUGGAAAGGCAACUGCAACCAAUUUGUUUUAGAGAAUGUCCUUAGAAAAGCACAAUGAUGCAUUUUUGUCGUUUUAAGAAGCUAAUUAUAACGAUACACAGAACAAAGCAAAGCAAACAGUGCAGAUAAGUCCAGGCCUUCAGCAGAAAUGCUGUGCUCCCUCACACCAACCCACCCCACCCCCUGCCACGAAGAGAGUCAGAUUUAUUAACACUGCAAGUGUUUAAGAACAGGUUCUCUUUUUUGCCUUAAAACUCACCACGACCCACUUCCAGCAGUAAUGCCAGUGCUAACAGAGUUGAACACAGCAAUAAAACAACCAGGCGAGCAUGAUACAGAACCGCAGGGGCUGCUGUGAUCAGUUAAUGGAGACGCACUGGCAUGAUCAAAAGGGUGGGGGUGGGGGUGUAAGAGGAGAGGACUCCUCUCUGUGCUGCUGUGGUUUGCUUUGUUCAUUGAUCUCGGACCCCUGCUACUCAGGUGGGUGAUGGUCUGUGCGCCUGCCCAGAAUCCUCUGCGGGAUACCGAUGUGGCUUUGAUCAGCCAGCACGCAAGGCCGCAGCCCCCAGCAGAGACCUGUAACCUAGGGCCCCGCUG